UACAAUUAAAAUAAAUCAGACUUUCAUUUCUUGAACCAUUCUCUUCUCUUUUUCUUUCAAAUUCUCUAGCCACCGAUUACCACUAAAAUAUAGUUUCUUGAUUCUUUUGUUCUUAACUAUGCUUUCUUGAUUCUGGGUUUGCCUUAAUUUUUGCUUUCUUGAUUCUUUAGAGAACUAAUCUUGAUUCUUGGGUUCUUGAUUUUAUUUGUUUUACUUCAUUUUUUUGCAAGAUUCUUGAAUUUUUUGCUAAGUUCAUUGGCUGUUUCAUGUAAGUAACUAGGAUUAUUUGUUUCUUGAUCUUAGUUUUAGAUUCUUUGGAGUUGAGAUUUUUAAGAUGGCUAGGGUUUUGAGAAAAAUUCUGCCUGUUGUACCACCAAUCACUUCUAAAGAAGAUGAUGAUAGUAAUCAUGAAUACUCAUACUCAUUUGCUGAUGAGUAUUCUGGCCCUCUAAUUACUCAUCAAAUCCCUAGAGCACUGCCUGUUAAUGUUAGCCAAAUCCCAGUUGCUGCCAAAGUUGCAUCACCCUCAAUGUUGAGUGAUUUGCCAUUGCCGGUUAUUCAUCCCAUUAAGUCUAAAUCAACUGAUCAUAAACCCCCCAAGGUCCCAAAGUUGGUAAAAAAUGAGGUAUUGAGUAGGAAGGAUGUUCCGUGUGAAUCGUCCUGUAGGAAUGAAGGGUCGAAAAUCGUAGAUUUUGUAGAUAGUGGUGAGUGUAAGCCUAAUUCGCUUGACGGAAUUGUGAAUGGUGAUGAAUGCAGAGAAAGCUCUAGUAGAUUAGAAUCUGCGAGUAGUAACGAGUGUAGAACUGGUUUACCUGGUAGGAUUCAGAGUUCUGAUAAUGUCUGUGACAAUGAUAGUAUUGGAGUUGCAGGGAGAGAUUUUGAAGAUUACAUGAACCCCACAAAUUUUGAUUCCAUUGAAUCUGAUGUAACUUCAGUUUCCGUAUCAUCUGAGAUUUUUUCGGGGAGAGAGGAUGAUGGUAUUGAAGAAGCUCCUCACCAUGUCAGGAGGCCAUCUGUAACUUUCCGCGAGCCUGAGACAAGCAGUGGAGAUGAGGAAGAAUCGGAUCUUUCUGAUUUUGAAAGCGAAAUGCCAGUACGAGAAAUGGCUGUAAGGCCUGGUAAGAAGGGGACAUGUUAUAGAUGCUUGAAAGGAAACAGGUUUACUGAGAAGGAGAUUUGCAUUGUUUGUGGUGCAAAGUAUUGUUCUAAAUGCCUGUUGAGAGCAAUGGGGUCAAUGCCCGAAGGAAGAAAAUGCGUUUCGUGCAUUGGUCAAAGGAUUUACGAGAUGAAGCGGGAGAGGUUAGGAAAAAGUUCAAGGAUGCUAAAGCAACUAUUGCCCAAACUUGAAGUUAGAAACAUAAUGAAAGCUGAGAGAUCAUGUGAAGUGAAUCAGUUACCACCAGAGCUUGUUUAUGUGAAUCGCCAGCGACUUUCUCAACAGGAGUUAUUCUUACUGCAGACCUGCCAACAUCCGCCUAAAAUGCUUAAACCGGGUUAUUAUUGGUACGAUAAAGUAUCUGGUUUUUGGGGAAAGGAAGGACAGAAGCCUUGCCAAAUAAUUAGUCCUCAUUUGAUUAUUGGGGGUCACAUACGACGAGAAGCUAGCAAUGGGAACACAAAUGUUAGGAUAAACAAUCGCGAGAUAACUAAAAAAGAACUGAUGAUGCUGCAGUUGAUAGGAGUGAAAUGUGUAGGGGAUAAUCAUUUUUGGGUUAGCGCAGACGGAUCCUAUCAGGAUGAGGGAAUGAAUAAUGUCAAGGGGAAAAUAUGGGAAAAGAAUAGAGCAAAGUUGAUUUGUGCUGCAUUGUCUUUGCCGAUUCCUCCCGCUUCUGCCAUUCCUAACAGUGACCAAGAGAAUAGUGUUGUUCCACCAAGCCUUUCUCAGAAAAGACUUCAUAAACUUCUCCUUGUCGGGUAUGCAAAAUCCGGUACAAGUACCAUGUUUAAGCAGGCUAAAAUUGUCUACCGUGUUCCAUUUUCUGAGGACGAGCGUCAAAAUAUUAAGUUCAUAAUCCAAAGUAAUCUAUAUGCUUAUCUUGGUAUACUUCUCGAGGCACGUGAGAGAUUUGAAGAAGAAAGUUUAAGCACAAAGAAAAGACAUUACAUUGACCAAGCUAGUUCUUCAGAUAAUGCUGAUCAUACCACAAAUGAUACAGUCUAUGCCAUAGGCACUAGAUUGAAUGGUUUCUCUGAAUGGCUGAUUAAGAUGAUGGUUUCUGGUAAUCUGGAAGCUAUAUUCCCAGCUUCUACGCGUGAAUAUGCGCCUUUAGUUGAGGAGCUGUGGAAUGAUGCAGCCAUCCAAGCUACGUAUAACCGCAGAAAUGAACUGGAAUCACUACCUCGAGUUGCUACAUAUUUCUUAGAACGGGCUGUUGAGAUUUCUAAGGUAGACUAUGAGCCAUCUGAUUUGGAUAUCUUGUAUGCUGAGGGGAUCACAUCAUCCAAAGGGCUAUCUUCCAUGGAGUUCUCAUUUCCCGUUCCAUCUCAAGACAGCUUAGAACGCAAUGAGCAUGAUCCUUCACUGAGGUACCAACUCAUCAGAGUGCAUCCAAGAGUUCUUGGAGGAAACUGCAAAUGGUUGGAGAUGUUUGAGAAUGUUGACAUGGUUUUGUUCUGUGUUUCGCUGAUCGAUUACAAUGUGUAUGUCCAAGACAGUAACGGAGUUUCCAUUAAUAAGAUGAUGGCAAGCAAGCAGCUAUUUGAAAGCAUUAUUACUCAUCCAAUGUUUGAAAAGAAGAAGUUUCUUCUUAUACUGAAUAAGUUCGAUUUGCUAGAACAACAGAUUGAACAGAUUCCGCUCACUCGAUGCGAAUGGUUUCACGACUUCAAUCCAGUCGUCGGUCAUAAUCCCAACAGCUUCACUAGCAGCCUUGCCAGAAAUACCAACCCUUCACUGGCUCACCGCGCGUUCCAAUAUAUUGCGACCAAGUUCAAGAGAUUGUUCAUUUCUCUUACUGACAACAAGCUGUUUGCUACAUCAGUAACAGCACUCGAGCCUGAUAAUGUCGACGAAGCACUUAGAUACGCGCGGGAAAUUCUGUUCUGGGAGCAUGAAGAACCUGUCGAAUUCUCUUCCUCAAGCAUUGAGGUCAGUACAACUUCAUGAUCAAUUGUUUUAAUAUCAGGCAAAGGAGAACAAAUAGAAAGAUCGAUACCACCUCACAGUUUUAGCAAAGUUUUUUUCCUGUAUAAUAGAAUUUGUUCAUAUACAUAGAUUAAAAGAAAUAGAAUUCGGAUCGCUUAUGAUUGUAACAUGUAUUGUAAGCAUACAGAUUUUCUUUAAAAAAUCUGAGAUUCAAACACCAGAAACAUGUGGUAUACAGGUUCAUCUGUCAUAAUAGCAGAUAUAUAACAAACUAUAUUGCACGGGAA